AUGUCAAAGUCCCGUGAGGACGAAGAUACCGAUAUGGCUAUUUCAUACAGUCAGCCGCAGGCCGGCUCUCAAACACUCCCAUCAUUCCGCGAGCUCCUCCCCGCUCAUCUCCACGAUGAAAUCGAAUCUACAUCUCCAUACUACACCCCACCACGCUCCCAAGACCGACCAGGCUCCGGUCACGAAAUUGCCAAUCCCCGAUCCAUCCCCGGCUACAGCCCGCACUCGAAGAUGCCCUACGACGCACACCGCGAAUACACAGUCAGCCGCGGCGACCACACGCGCCACAUGGUCGACCCGGGCCACCACAUGCGUCUAUCGGAAAGCUCAACCCGCGGCCCCAGUCCCAUCCUGCCUCCAAUCCGCGACCUGGACUCCAUGCCAGGCCGAAACAUGAACACCCAGCCGGGCAGCAACAAAGCCUACCCCGAGCGUGGGUCAGGAGGCCCCGUGCCGCCCCCACGCUCCGACCCCUUUGGCCAGGAGUAUCGGGCUGGCGCGUCCAUGGCGGCUCCCAUGCCUGAUCGCCGCAGUGCCGAGGCCUACCAACACCCGUCCGCGAUGAUGCAUCCCGGGUCGCCGUAUGGCCAUCCGGCGAUGGGCUACCCGGGCGAGGAGGCCAUGCCGCAGAUGAUGGCCCCGGGCCAGGCGAAUUUCGCCGUCAUGGGGGAUGCUAUUGAUCCGAAGACGAAGCGCAGACGGGGCAAUCUGCCCAAGCCGGUGACGGAUAUUCUGCGCGCUUGGUUCCAUGAGCAUCUGGAUCAUCCGUAUCCUAGUGAGGAGGACAAGCAGAUGUUUAUGACGCGGACGGGGUUGUCGAUCAGCCAGAUUAGUAAUUGGUUCAUUAAUGCUCGGCGGCGACAGCUGCCUGCGCUGCGGAAUCAGAUGCGCACUGGUGAUGUGGACUCGUCGCGACAGUCUCCGUUUAGUGAUGCUGAUGGCUCGGAGCAUCUCGCCUCGCCUCAUCACUGA